GGCGGGGCGUGGGCUGUGGCAGCCCGAAGAUGGCGGCGGCUCCGGCGGGGAGCGCGGCCGAUGCCCAGGCGCGGUUCGGCCGCUCGGUGAAGGGGCUGUUGAUCGACAGGGUGACCGGCUGCGGCACUGACGUGAUCGCCCUCACCAAGCAGGUGCUGAAAGGCUCGCGGAGCUCCGAGCUCCUGGGUCAUGCUGCUAGAAACAUGGUGAUGCAAGAAGAUGCCAUCCUGCACUCGGAAGAUAGUCUAAGGAAGAUGGCUAUCAUAACCACUCAUCUCCAGUACCAACAAGAAGCUAUUCAGAAGAAGAGUCGGGUGUUCGUCCUAGUAUCCUGGCCAAGUUCCUAUCUCACCAUGGUAUCCUAGCAGCAGUGUGAGGGCAGAAAGGGGGAAAAAUGCAAGGGACAUUUUGAAAUGGAAAAGUACUUUUUGUUUUAAAUUUUUUUCAUUGCAAAAAUGAAAAAAAAAAUCCCGACAUUCUGAAUGAAACAACAUUUUUCUUUUAAAACUUGUUAUGAAAAAAAGUUUAAAUUGCCACCAACCCUACUCAUUCUCUCUGCAACUAGUAAUUUGGUUUCUGAAGUCCUUUGUGAGCCUUCCAAAUGAAAUGCACUAGGCAUCCUAAGCCAGAUCCUGUUUGCUCUUUAUUCCACGCUCGGGGUCCAGUGUAGCCCUGGCAUAAGCUGAUGGAGCCCUUGUUGCCUCCUGGGUGCAUUGUGCCCACUUGUAUCAGGGCUCAGUUUAGUCCCCCUGCCUGACAUUCAGCCUCUCAGCAGGGUUUAAGUAGAAUAUUCAGAUCACUUGGGAUCUUUGUAACUGUUCCUCACUCACCAGACUAUUCCUGAUCUGUGAUGGUUUCUGAGCAAAAGGAAAGCUUUGCUCUGUGCUUGUAGAUGUGCUGAGUUCUUUUGGCUUUGGUCCAGUCACAUGCUUUGCAGACAGCUCGCCUUGGUGAUGGCAUGGGAUAUGGGUUGGAUGAUUCAGAGAUUCUAAGGCUAGAAGGGACCAGUUUGAUUAUCUAGUCCAGGGGUGGACAAACUACAGCCCGCAGGCCAGAUCCGGCCCCUCAGGGCUUUGGAUCUGGCCUGCAUGAUUGCCCGCCAUGGGCCCCACGCCACUGUCAGAAGUGGCCGGCACCACGUCCCUGCAGCCCCCGGGUUUGGGGGCAGAGGGCUCCGUUGCCCUUGCCUUUAGGCACUGCCCCCUGCAGUUCCCAUUGGCUAGGAAUGGGGAACCGCGGCCAAUGGGAGCUUCGGGGGAGGUAUCUGGAGGCACGGCAAGGGCAGCGGAUGCGGAGCCCUCCACCCCUCCUCCUCCAGGGGCCGCAGCGCUUCGUGGAGCGGCGCUAGGCCAGAGCCCGAACCCCUCCUGCAUCCUGCCCCCCAGCUCCCUGCCCUGAACCCCCUCCUGCACCCCAACACCCUGCCCUGAGCGCCCUGCCGCACCCCU